AUGUCACUUGAGCAGAUUGAACUUUGGUUGAAAUUUAAUAAUAUUGUUCUUAAUGAUUGCAUAGUAGCAACCAAUUGUUAUAAAAUAGCCCUAUUAAUAUUUUUAAUUGUUGAUAAUUAUUUACAUUCACGCAUGGUAGUGCAAACACUUAUAGAUAACGAAACAAUGGAAUCUCAUAGCUGGAUUUUUCAGCAUAUAAAAAAUGUCACACAUAAUGCUGCUCCACGUGCAAUUUUUACUAAUGCUAAUCCAGCUAUUUCUGUAGCAAUACAUGAUGAGUUUCUUAUGACUAAAGCACUUCAUUGUAUGUUUCAUAUUUCUUAA